UAAUAACUUGCCUUUACCAAGCUGCAUACAAUAAAGCUUUUAAUGGAAACAACUAAAAUUAGUUGUGACGAGCUUAGCGUCUCGCAGAACCUGUUGUAUCUUGUCCAAUGCCUUGUUAAUGGAGAUAUUGCAAAUGCUCGGCGUUUAUCUCAAUUUCUAAAGCUUAAUUUCAAUACUUGGCUAUAUCUUAUGAACAAAUACAUACCAGAAGUUGCACCUCUGAAGUCGUAUCUUGGCUAUCUAAAUGAAAUUGAUUAUAACACAGCCCUCAAGGAACCUGUAUCUUUUGAAUUGCAGUGUUCCGAGGUUCCUAUGGACGAGCUGUGUCAGCUUCGGUUAAAGAACUUGCAUCUGGAUAAUCUGGACGAAUUGCAAAAGCCGUCAGAUCUUUCGGAAUUCUAUAUUUCACGAGCCUCACAAAUCAUGAGUGUUACAAAUUUAGUCGAGCUUGCGGACUCGUUGACGAGUAAUGAUGAUGUCCCCGUUACAGUGAGCAUUUGGAAUAAGGAAAAACUCGGUCUUUUAAAAAAAUUAAGAACCUACAGCUCAUCAGAUUUGAAGUUGGAAGAUCUCGGUCAAAUGUCUAUUCGCGACAUCGUUUCCCUCUGCUUUCCGAACAUGAACACAAGCAAUUGUGUUGAUAUAAUGGACAUAAUUAUAAAGGAUGCGAUUAGUUCAAACAGCUCAAAACAGGAAGCAUUGGCUUUCGUCUGGGAAAAACUACUUCAGCAUACAAAAACAGAGGGUUUGGAAGUUAUCGCACAUCUGCUUGAACUGUGGAAGGUCGAGGAGGAUAUUUUCAGAAAGCUAUCUCAAGUUGCAAUCGCUUCAUGCUAUGUUUGGAAUGAUAGUACACCGGAAACAUGUUCAUUUAUUCACGAUAUUGUCCGGUGCAUUGAAGAACACAUUCCAUUUGACGAAGAUGCUUUUCUAAUGUUAGAUGAGGAGCCUCAAUUUCAAAGCAAGGAUUUACUGAAGGAUGACAACAAACUCACAACGAGCAGUCCAGCCGCUAUUAACUAUUUGCUAGCUCUUACAGAUGUUGUUGGAUUUUGUCGAGAAUUUUCGGUAUUUCCCGUACCUAGUGUCCGCAUUGGCUUGCAGAUGUGUUUUAGCAAUGAAGAUAUGCAAAUGACUUUCUUGAAGAGAUUGAUUACAUCUAAUCAACAUUGGUCUACCAAACGUUCAGAAGCUGACUGGUCUUAUCUUUUGCUAACGAUGUUGGAGUUUCAGCGUCGACGUGUACUCUUUACUAAAUUGUCACCGGAUACCUUACGGCUACAGGUUUUGUAUCACAUGCUCAUAUUGAUGAAAUUUAGUACCAUACGAACGAUGACAUCUAUGUUUGAAAUUGAAAAACUUCCAACGGAAGGUGCUCUUCGUUGUAUGGAGGAUGCUUUUUUCCAUUUUUAUGAUAAAUGCAAUGCGGCCAGUCGGAAUACAGCUCACACGGAGGCGGCUGCCUCUGUUUUAGACACAUUCCGUGAACAUAAAGAUUUAUGUGAAAGGAGACAGUCGCUCUCUGCUCUUCUUAAAGUAUUUGAGUUAUUAAGAGAGUUGCAGGCACCGUCAUUUGUUCGUGAUCUUCGUUCUGAAGACACUACGAAAACAGACAUACAUGUUCUGAUCCCGUCAUUGUUGAAAACACAUGUCAAGGCUUACAAAGCUCUGGACAACGUCUUAGCGCUCGGCGUUGAGCUACUGAAGCUGCGUGGCGAGUUUCAAUAUGAAAAUCCUUUGAAUCAAAUUCAAGACUUGACGCUAUAUGUCGCUAGAUUAUGUAUUGAAGCAUCCCUUCAAGCUACAGAUCUAGUAUGUGCAAGAGAGUAUUUGAAUGACCAUAUUGAACCGCUUGCGGAAAAAUCACCGAAAGCCAAAGAUCUUUACUGGCGCACUGCCUAUGAUAUUGGUAAAUGUCCAGCCAUUACAGCUACCGCACGUGAAGUUCGAAGCGAUAUGCUUCAACUUGCCAUAGCAAAGGCACCAAAGGAUAUGUUACCGGAAAUUUUUGACUAUUGGACCCAGUUUGAGGAAGAAAAUGACACAGCGGCUAACAUGAAAGAAAAGGACAUUGAAGAUGAUUAUGUGGAUGACUUUGAAUGGCCCGUUGAUGAGGAUGACGAUGAUGAACCUAUCUAUAGGAACCAGCCAGAAAAAACGAACAGCUCACGGCAUAACAAUGUUCGUGAAAAUAUUGCUGACAAAGUUACAAGCACAUUGACAAACGGAAUUGGAUGGGUGCUUGGGGUCCCAAGGGAAUGAGAAUCUAUACUCUAAUAUUGCAUCGGCACAACAAUAACUCUGUACGCUCGUUAAUUUUAUAAAUUUAAGUUUAUGACACUGCGGUUCAAGGAAAAAAGUGUAAUAUUAAGAGUAAGGAAAAAAAGAAAGAUACCUGUAUUUAUUACGUAUAUUAGUGGUAGAUAGUAAGAGCGGUAUGUAUGAAACUCCCGGUAGACUUUAGUCAUUCCUUA